AGAGAGAGAAAGUUUCCAUUUUUGAAUGUUCAAAAAAACACACAAAAAGCCUUUCUUCUUCCUUCAUGUCCAGUUUAGCUCCUCUUUAAUGCUUUCUCUCUCUAUAUAUCUAUCUAUGUAUCUAUCUAUGUUUCUCUCUCUAUAUUUCUACUACAAAGCUUGAGCUGAACUUCCAACCCCUCUAGUCCUUCCCUUCUCCCUCCUCUCUCUUUCUCUCUCUAUAUUUGUGAGAUCCGGUUUCUCCCUUCUCCGACCUCAAAGCUUUGGCCUUUUAGGGUUUUGUUCUCUUCUCCGCUUCAUGCUUUUCCGUUUUUCCGUUAAUUUUUUCCUCAGAAAGAGAGAAGAAAAAUAAAUUGUUGGGGAGAAUUUCUUUGAUGAGUGGAAAUGGAAAGAUUUCGGCCGAACCGGUCCAAGAUCGCCGGCAUUGCUGAUCGGAGCUCCGCCGAUUUAUUGCUCUUCAACGAACAAGCUUUCGCGCAAGAAUUCCAUUGUGCAGGAAACCGGCAAGUCCAGAACCAGCGUAAUUUGCCAAAAUUGGCCUCUGAUUCUAGUUCUUGUAGUAGUGAUACUGCAGAUGAUGACUCGUUCACAUUUGAGUUGGGAUUGAGAUCUUCAAAACGGGGUAUUGGAACUCCAAUGAAGAAGUUAUUAGCUAAAGAGAUGUCGAAAGAAACUGAGUCCAAAAGGAGGUCCCCUAGUGUCAUUGCCAAAUUGAUGGGGCUUGAUGGUUUGCCUACUCAGCUGCCUGCUUAUAAAGAAGAAAAGGGCAUGUCAGAAAACUAUCUUCAGACAUCAGGAUCUGCAGAGAAAGGUCAAAGAAGUAGUCGUCAUUAUGACUAUAGAUCUUCUAGCAGGAAAAGCUCAAAGGACGAGCAAGAAUUUAAGGAUGUCUUUGAGGUUCUGGAAACGUCAAAGGUGGCGAGUUGUAGUUACCCUUCACAAGGGGUUGUCAACUCAAAUCUUACUGAUGCCGAGAUUGCAUUUAUUAAGCAGAAAUUCAUGGAUGCUAAACGUCUUUCAACCGAUGAAAAGCUACAGAGUUCUAAGGAGUUCCACGACGCACUUGAGAUCCUUGACUCUAACAAGGAUCUUCUGCUGAAGUUUCUUCAGCAACCGGACUUGCUGUUCACAAAGCAUUUGCAUGAUCUGCAAGGCUCUGCACCCCAACUUCUUUGUGGUCGCAUUGAGGCUAUGAAGGCAUCAGAUGCUCAGAUGUACGAGAGCACUCACCUUGACAUUAAAUCAGCGAGACAAGUUCACAAGAAUCGCAACGUGUCUUCUCAAAAGCAUCAUGAUAGGCAUUCCGGCCACUCUAACUGCUACAUGGCUCCAAGUUCUCUUAAAGCACCAAAUAAUCAGUUAGAAGGAAAGGAGGAAUCUGCAAUUCUUCCUACAAGGAUUGUUGUUCUCAAACCAAAUCUUGGGAAGGUGCUACAUGCUGCCAAUGACGUCUCUUCUCCCUGUUCUUCACGGCCCUCUAUAUCAGAUUGUAGGAAGGACAUGGAAAUCCCGAUUCUUAAAAACAGCAAUGUGGAAUUAUUGGGAAGGAGAAGUUUUCAUGGUGAUGGGGGGCUUUCCGGGCAUAAGGCUAGAGAAUCUAGAGAACUUGCUAAGGAAAUUGCUAGGCAAAUGAGAGCUAGUUUUAGCAAUAGCUCCAUGAGGUUCUCAUCCUUUGCUUAUAAGGGAUAUGCUGGGGAUGAGAGUUCUUGUAGCAUGUCUGGAAAUGAAUCCGCAAAUGAAUCAGAGGUUAUGUCAAUGAGUUCCAAAUAUUCUUUUGACUGGAACAAUCAAUCCAGGCCUUCGUCGUCCCGUUCCACUGAAUCAUCUGUAACCCGAGAGGCCAAGAAAAGACUCUCAGAGAGGUGGAGACUGAAUCAUAGGUCUCUGGAUAUGGGAUCAGUUAGUAGGGGUACCACACUUGGUGAAAUGCUUGCUAUUCCUGAUAACGAGAGGAUACCAGUCCAUUUCAAUACCAUAACUGACGAGAAAGGAUUUAGGAACAAAUUUGCUUCUGAUAGACCUACUGGUAGGGUUGAACCUUUAGGUAUCAGCAGUAGGGAUGGCUGGAAAGAUGGAUGUGUUGGAAAGUUACCGAGAUCAAGAUCUCUUCCUUCUUCAUCUACGGUGUUUGGCAGUGCAAAAUCGAUUAUGUGUCGUGAACCCAUACGUGAUGACAGGUAUGUAGUACCCAGAGAGGCCUUCAUGCGAGAAAGAAACAAGUCACCAAAGAACAAUUUGGAUGACAGAAGUAUCAUAAGAAACACAAGAUCUAGAAGCACACGAUCAUAUCUUUCUCACUACAUAAUCAGGGAAAGUUGCGAUAUGUCACCCGAUACUCAUACAAGCCAGAAUCAAGUGAAGAUUAAACUUGAAGUGAAUAGUCCACCUGUACAGAAACUUGAGGAGCUCGAGUCAUUAGCCAGUAAUGUGAAAGAUACAACUCCAGUUCCCGAAACUUUGGUGGACGUGGAAUGUGAGGUGGAACAUGGGACAACCAUGUCUUCUGAACCUCUUGAUAAGUUAAUUCCUGAAUUAUCAACCCAACCAGAUGCUUGCAAUACUGGCAACCAAGAGGAUUUAAAUCUUCAGGAACCACCAAUUGAGUCGCAUGACGAAAGUUCAUUACCAGCAAAACGCUCUACUCAUGGAUUAGAAUCUCCUGCGAGUUCUAAGGAGGCCGAGCAGCCAAGUCCAGUUUCAGUUCUCGAAGUUCCUUUUACAGAUGAUUUGUCAUCUUGUUCUGAAUGCUUUGAGAGCCUUAGUGCUGAUUUGCAAGGUCUUCGUAUGCAACUUCAGCUACUCAAAUUGGAGUCGGAAUCAUAUGAAGAAGGACCCAUGCUCAUCUCAAGCGAUGAAGAUGUUGGAGAAGGGUCAACCCGGUUUUCCGAUGCAAUUGGAUUGUAUAGAUACCAACAGAGUUGGGAGUGUGGCUAUAUGGUUGAUGUUUUGGGCCAUUCUGGUCUAAAUGGUGCUGACACUGAUGUGUUCUUGGCAUCAUGGCACGCUCCAGAGUGUCCUGUUAGUCCUUUGGUAUUUGAAGAAUUAGAAAAGAAUUAUUAUGACCAAGCUUCUCCACCAAAGUCUGAGAGGAGGCUACUUUUUGACCGAAUAAAUUCUGGGAUCUUGGAGAUGUGUCAGCAAUUUACUGAUCCACAUCCAUGGGUGAGGUCCGAGGCAACAGUGAUGGUUCCAAGGUGGUCGAAGAAUGGGCUACAGGAUGGUUUGCGUUGGUUGCUGGCAAGCCAAGAGAAGAAUGCGAAGAAAUGCACAACGGAGAAAGUGCUAGGAAAGGAAUCCCAGUGGCUGGACUUGGCCGACGACAUUGAUGCAUUAGGUAGGUGGAUUGAGAAAUUGUUGUUGAAUGAUCUGGUAGAAGAGUUGGCGGCAAUGUAGUGAAGGAGUUUUCAACUAAAUAUAUUUUUAGUCUUAGGAAAUUUUAUAGUUGAUACUCUUAUGUAAAUGAAGAAGCCAUGAAAUGGUUAUUUAUUUCAUGAUAAUAAAAAAAAAAAAAGAUCCGAAAUCUUUACACCCAAAUGAAAAUUAGAGCACGAUUAAGUAGA